UAUUAAAUUAUAAAAGAAAUGUUUUGACUAAACCAUUCCGAAGUGAAAUUUUAGUUUGGCGCGGCUACGUGGUUUUCCACAGUAAAAAUAUGUAGAAAAUAUUCAUUCACGUUGUUGCGUAAUUAUUUUAAAUAAUUUCACGUUCAUUAAAUUGUUAUUUCGCCACUACAUAUUUAUAUUUAGUUCUUGCUCGAUUUAAAAUGUUUCCAAUUAAAACUGAAAAUAUUCACUUUUUGCAAGCUCACAAUAUUAGAAUAUCAGAGCUUAAGCCGUCAUCCGUCCCAAGCAUGUCACAGCAGCCCAAGAAAAUGAUCCACCUACCAAAGGUGAGGAUGCUGAGCCGCGGCGGCCGUACAUCAUCAGGCCUGAGGGUUACACACGUGAAGUCCAUUAAGCCUCCAGACCCUGAGCUGGUGAAGAAGAGUGAGGAAGACAAACUUAGAGCACAGCUGCAGAAAGAGAUCGUGUCGCGUUCGAAGUCGUGCGCGUUCAAAGGUUACGAAUGCACCCUGCCAGUGAUAUCGGGCAGGCAGUAUUGCUACCGUCAUAUACUGCGCGAUCCCACGGCGCCGUACCGCCAGUGUGCCCACACGUCCAACAGUGGGGACAGGUGCCAGAUGCCCGCCCCCAGCGAGAAUAGAGACCAUCGGGAUCAGGGGUUGUGCUACGAGCACGCGUGGGCGGCGCUGCGGGCACGACAACGUGCCGCCGCCGCGCCGCCGCCCGUGCCCACCGCCGAGACGCUGCUGCACCACCUGCACCACUACGUCAGGCCGGAGCGAGUUCGCACGACGUCUUGCGCGUCCGCGGUGUCUGUGGUGAGCGACCCGUCGGACACCGAGCCGCUCGCGCCAGCUCCCCUCGACCCGUUCAAGCAAAUCGACGCGACCUCAGUGAAUGCGUCAUACUCGGCGGCGAUUAUGGAUUACGCGAGCUGUAGCGACAGCGACUGUGACAGCGUGACGCUGGGCCCGGGCGGGGACUGCCGCGGGGGGUACGACGAGGAACUCUCGGAUGCCGAGGACGCCCCCUGCGAGGACCAGCCGCUAUGGCGAGCGGGAGUGUUCACAGCGGAGGAAGCGGUUUCCGAAGCGAAAAACGCCCUCAAGUCGUUACAAGCGGCGUACAUCCGCCAGAUGGGGCGGCUGCGCACGCUGCUGCAGACGGCGAGGCUGCAGUACCUGAGGUCGCUGAAAGCUGAGAAGGAACAGUAUUGUAGUAUAAACGCACAGGCCCGCAGCGGUCCUCUAUCCAUCCGUGAGAGGCGGCAACUCCGCAAACUGAAGGCGUACGCCGGCUACCAUAGAAAACAUGGCGUCGAGGCACUACUGGCGAGAAAGUUGCAUCAGAAACGGAAGGGCGGCGAGACGGUAGACCGCGGCGGGCGCGUGUGUACAUUUGUGGAAGACGGCAUCAAGUGCAGCGGCCGCGCCCUGCCUGCCGCGCGGCACUGCGCCCACCACGUGCUGCGGGACAACAAGCAGGUGUUGUUCGCUCGGUGCGGCGUAUGCAUCGCGGGCGUGGGAGCCUGUAACGAGCCGGUGCCGCGGCUGCCGCUGCCCAUCACCACGUGCCGCUACCACGCCACGCCGCCCGCCUACACCGUCUUCACCCUCAAGAAAGAUGAAACUGACAGCGAUUCAGAUACACAUUCGAGCUCAGACGGCUCGCGCACUGAAGAAAUGGACCAGUCGAUAGAGGAGCAGGCUCCAGCCGCGGAGACUGUGACCCAGGAGGAGUAUGAAUGACACGCGGACUAUGACAUCUGUAUGUCGUACGAACUCGAGUGACGUGAUAAUGAAGUGUGACAAUGUCACAGUGGAAUCAACUGUUGAAUUUUAUGUUUUUUCUAUGUUUGCAAUGUAGUCAUUGCACAGUUUCGACUAGUGGUUAUGAUAACGAAGUGUGACAAUGUCACAGUGGAAUCAACUGUUGAAUUUUACAACUUUUUAUAUGGUUGCAAUGUAAUCAUUGCUCAGACUCGACUAGUGAUUGUGAUAACGAAGUAUGACAAUGUCACAGUGAAGUAAUCGCUAAAUUAUUCAAGAUUUAGUCUGAUGCCCACCAUAUACUAUCAUCAUUUAGUAUACAAAAUGAAGAUCACUUUAAAGAUAUUAUGGAAUGUGCAAGUCGUACGGACUUGAUGAGUGACAAUAAUGAGGUGUGACAAUGUCACAGUGGAAUCAACUGUUGAAUUUUACUAUUUUUGGUUGCAAUGUAAUCAUUGCUCAGGCUCGAUUAGUGGUUGUGAUAACGAAGAGUGACAAUGUCACAGUGAAGUAAUCGCUAAAUUAUUCAAGAUUUAGUCCGAUGCCCAUGUUGUACGGACUUGAUGAGUGACAAUAAUGAGGUGUGACAAUGUCACAGUGAAAUCAAACAUUCAAUUACUUAAGAUUUGUCUAUUACGAAUUUAACAACACUAUUUGUUGGAUAAACUUUGUUAAUAACAGUGAUAAUAUGGAAUAUGACAAACUCACAGUAAAAUCAACUGUUAUUUUGCCAUGAUUGCCAUAUGGGCUGCAAGAUUCCAAAAAUGAAGAUGAAUUUGAAGAAUCUUUGUUAUAGCAUGUGAAAUUCGUAAUUUAUUAGUGACAAUAUUAACGUGAGGUGUGACAAAGUCAUACCAUUGUUUAUUCAAGUUUUGUCUAUGGUUGCCUUGUAGUUAUCCAAAAACGAAGACGAAUUUAAGGACACUUUAUGGCAUAUGUAUGUCGAAUUGACUUGAUUAGUGACUAUGUUAAAGUGUUAUUACAAAGUGACAAUCAGCUGUUGACUAUAUCCAAGUUUUUGUCUAUGGUUGCCUUAUUUAGUUUAAAGCUGUUGCCAUAUAGACUAUCUUGUGUGUAAUAUGUGUAGGUUGUAUAGAAUUGAAAAGUGACAAUGUUGAUGCGAGAUGUGACAAAGUCACAGUAAAAUCAAGUGUUGAAUUCUCAAAUUUUUGUCUGUGCACGUCGUAUAUCGUCCCACCGUAAAGUUUAGCUAUUACUUUUCAUUCAUUCAAAGGCUGACUGGAAGAAAUCCCUGGGAUGUUUGCCAUAUUCUAUUCAUUUAUUUCUUAUGAACUCAUGUAUCUUAUAAUUUAAUACUUUAAAAUAAAGUGUUACAAACAAACAAACAAACAAUUUUAUCAACCACUAAAAAGUAUGUUUUAAUAUAGUGUUUUUUUUUAUACAACUUAGAAUGGCAAACAAGCUGACGGUCCACCUGAUGGAAAGUGGUAACCAUCGCCUAUAGACACGAGCAGUGCCAUGGACAUAACAGAGUAUACUGUUCCGCCCAUGAUACCCCCAUGCGUUGCCAUUCCUGAGGACUCAGGUGUUAUUCCUCUGUACCCAGUAAAUUCACGCCAUAUCCCACCCUUCAAACCGAAACACAGCCAUGCAAACACAACUGCUUCACAGUUGAAACACGAAUGGGACAGAGGUACCCAACGAACUUAACGGAAAUGUGAACAAAAGAGUAAUGAAUCCGCCCAUAAGACAGUCCACUGAUGUUCAACAGUGGUAUAAAUAAAAAAUGGAUUAUACAUACUCAUAAAUUGUAACAAUUUGUUAUUAAUUUCACUUAACCCUUAAAAGCCUGGUUUUUUAAAUCAAAUUAAAAAAUAUAUAAGUGUACCCUUUACUGUGUUUACUAAUAGGGAAAAAUAGUAAAAAAAAAAACAAAACGAUAUUUUUAUAUAUUUAUUUUGAAAAAAAAAAAACAUUUGGUAACAUGUAAACAGCCAAAUCUAAUUUAUAAAAUUCUCGUGUCACGGUGUUUGUUACCAAACUCCUCCGAAACGGCUUUACUGAUUUUUAUGAAAUUUUGUGUGCAUAUCGGGUAGGUCUGAGAAUCGGCCAACAUCUAUUUUUCAUACCCCUCAAUAAUAAGGGUAACCCUCCCCAAAAAAAAUUUUUUUAUUUCUUUAACAAAUUUUUCCAUUUUUAUUAUGAUUUAGCAUUGAAAAAUACAUACAACUUUAAAUUUUCAUCGUUUUACGAUCAACCCCUGUAUUUUAAUCGCAAUUUUUAUAUUUCGCAAAAAGUGGUAAAACAACGUUUACGGGGUCAGCUAGUAUUAAUAUAAAAUCGAUUGUAGGCGCCCAAUGCGAUUUAUAACCCCGGUAUCAAGUUUGAAACUUCAGGUAUUUAAGGGUUAAAGGCAUAAUCGACAUCAUCUGUCCACUGCUAAACAUAGGCCUUCUUCUAUAGGGGGUUAUGUGAGUAGUUGCCACGCUUGGCAAGCGGGUUUACAACCGCAGUUUUGAUGGGUGAAAAUGGUAUAAUAACCCCGCCUGCGCUAACGAGAUACGCUGGCAGAGCACCAGUGAAGGGUGAUAGAUGAGAAUGAAAAUAGCCCAGUAAGCCCAUCAUGAUGAAUUCACCAGGAAUUAACCAUAAUAGUUUCCAGGGGGAACCGCGAGGAGGUCAACCUGGUUGGGUAUUGCUAGCAGUGGGAGUCUCGGUCUCCAUUACUAACAAUCCCUUUCCGCCCUACAACCGCAGUUAGGCUUUAGUGAUGUUUUAAGAAGGACGCUGCUGACCUAGCCAUUAAAUCCUCUUACUCACCUCUUACGACCCCCACGGGAAACGGGUGGACCAUACUAUAUCGGGACCACACAGUUAUUCUUACUUAUAAUUUAGAGUACUUCUGUGGUAAUUUCGAUUUUUUUUUUCAAGUUUUUAAUCGUUAUCUUUAAGAGCAUAUUGCUUUUUAAAAAGCCAGCAGCACACCUGCAAUGCCGUUGGUGUUGCGGGUGAUUAUGGGCGGCAGUAAUUACCAUCAGGUGAGCCGCAUGCUCGUUUGCCCCCUGUGUUGUAAUAGAAACCUUUUUAAUCGACUUCAAAAAUCAGCCUCUUAAUUUGAUUUCUUAUUCCUUAAGGUCUCUUCAACAAACCACAGUCGUUUCGUAUUUCAUGCCAAUUAAAUUAAUAAAAGCUUUAAGCUUUGCUUACGGCAUUCCAUGAUGUGGACAAGCUUGCUUGUCAUUCUAGAUUGUAUAAAAAAAUACGCAAAUGGCGCAAUAAAAAUCAUGCACAAUGAAGUAAAUACACUCAUUUGUGUAAAUUAUUUUCGUUGUAACUAUAAUUUGAGUUGUUCUAAAAAAUAAAUGUAUUUAAAAUGCA